AUGGAUCUCGAGGGGAUCGCGAGCAACGAGAUCACUUUCGUGGCGGCGCUGGUGGCGUGCUGCGAUUGCCCCGGAUCCCUGGCGCUGGGAAAGCAAAUCCACGAGAGGAUCAUCGCCGGUGGACUGGGAUCCAACGUUUUCCUGGCGAAUUCGCUGGUCACGAUGUAUGGGAGGAGCGGCGAGGUGGCGGUGGCGGAGGCGGUGUUUAGAUCCAUCCGCCGCCGCUCGCUCACGUCCUGGAACUCGAUGCUCGCGGCAUAUACCCAGAACGGGCAUUCCAGCGUGGCACUGGACGUCCACGUCAGGAUGGACCACGAGGGCGUGGCGUCGGACGAGUUCACGUUUGUGACGCUGCUGGACGCGUGCGCCAUGGCCGGGACGCUCCAGCUGGGCCGGCAGAUCCACGACCGUACAGCCGCGAUGGGCCUCAUGGCCAACGGGUUCGUGGCCACGGCGCUGCUGGACAUGUACGGCAAGCGGGGCAGCCUGGGCGAGGCGCGGGCGGUGUUCGACCGCCACUGUACGGGAAGCGUCGUGGCGUGGACGGCCAUGGUCGCGUCGUACGCCCAGCACGGGCGGUCCGCGGAGGCGCUGGAGCUGUACGGCUGCAUGGCGCUCGAGGGCCUCGCCCCAAACAGCGUCACCUUUGUAAACAUCCUCUCGGCGUGUAGCUACUAUGGAAUGGUGGAUCAGGGAUGGGAGUUCUUCGCUUCUAUGAGAGGAGAUCACGGGAUUUGCCCCGAGGCUGUGCAUUUUGGGUGCAUGGUUGAUGUUUUGUCCAGGGCGGGUCAGCUGGAUCGAGCUGAGGAGCUGCUCGAGAGUUUGCCACCUUUCCUGACCGCGCAGCUGAGCCUGUUGGGCGCUUGCCAGCUGCAUGGGGAUUUGCAAAGAGGGUGGCGGGUGUCGCACAGAGUGCAUGGGGAAUGUAGGGAGAAGUACGAGGACCCAAGGGGUACAACUAUGAACUUAAACUCCCUACACUCUCUUGAGCUUGAAGUUGCAGCUCCUCCAUUUGAGCUGAUGGCUUUCUUCUCCACACCGCCCGCGCCAUUGCAUUGGGGCGCUGAUGCUAGGGAAUGGAUCGACAGCAGCUGGAGUAGGGAAGGGAGGGAUCUCGAGGGCAAUGCGAUGGAGGGAUCGGUUACGGAGCGCGGGAAGUUGAGGCAACGCCGUUGCAAUGGCGGGCAGUAG